GGCUCCCUAUCAGUGUCUAGUUUGGCAACACGGAUACGCAUGGAGCCUCCAUCACCCCCUGUCUCUUUUACGCACCGAGUCCGAUAAUGCGCGCAGGUACAGGGACUCUAAUCGCCACAUUUCCAGCCGCUACACUGAACAAUUAAUCUCCUCUUAUGGACUAAUAUGAAAGAAGUGGAUGCACAGGUCUGAGACAGCCAAGAAAGGAGGCAUAUUUCGUGUGGAUCAUUCUUGUUUUCCAUCACCGAGCGUCAGCAUGGAUGUCUUAGCGAACCACAGUAUCUUUCAGGAACUUCAGCUCGUUCACGACACCGGCUACUUCUCUGCCAUGCCGUCGCUGGAAGAAAACUGGCAGCAGACCUGCCUAGAAUUGGAGCGUUAUCUGCAGACGGAGCCCAAGCGUCUGUCAGAGCUCUUCGACCAAGACCUGGAUGGCCUUCUAACCCCAGCCUACCUAAAGGAGGACGGCGAGGAAGAGCUGACAGACGUCCUGCUUCCCAGCCUGCCCAGCCUCCCUGAUCCCCCAAGCCCACCUCCAGUUAUCCUCUGCCCAACACGGAAGAGUUUCCCCUCCACCGGUGGAAUGAAACGAGACAUCAAACCUAAGGGGCUAGAAAACGUAGAAGGGAUGGAAGGGGUCCACCAGGCCCAGCUGUGCGCCGUCACCUCCCUGACGCCCCCGUCGUCACCAGAACUGGGCCGGCACCUCGUCAAACCCAACCAGACACUGACGGCCUCAGCUGAUGGGACGCUUACCCUGAAGCUGGUGGCCAGGAAGGUGGGGCUCAGUGCGGCUCGGCUGGUGGCGGCCCACGCGCUCCCUGUCCGGAUGAAGGACGAAGAGGAGGGCGCGGCAUGUGUUAUCGGCGUGGGGGAGCUACCGGAGAACAAGAAGAGGAUCCACCGUUGUCAAUUCAACGGCUGCAGGAAGGUGUACACCAAGAGCUCCCACCUAAAGGCCCAUCAGAGGACACAUACAGGUGAGAAGCCGUACAAGUGCUCGUGGGAGGGCUGCGAGUGGCGAUUCGCCCGGAGCGACGAGCUGACGAGGCACUACCGCAAACACACCGGUGCCAAGCCUUUUAAGUGCAACCACUGUGACAGGUGUUUCUCGCGGUCGGAUCACUUGGCGCUACACAUGAAGAGGCACAUCUGAGGAAUUUGAGAGAGGUCAGCGGGAGUGAUGGCGAAGGGGAUGGAGGCGGAGUGGAAGAAGGAGAGGGAGCAUCAUCUGCAGAAAAAUAACACCAUGGUUGUUAGAGAGAGACAGCGGGAUGGACUCUGAAAACACCAGAUUUGGCCAUUCUCUACUGGAGGGUGAGGCAUCGCACAGGGACGCUGACUACAGACAGACACACAGACCGGCAGACAGACGGAUCCUAAGUGGCUCUGUCAAUCUGUGCUCAACCAGUUGGUCCAUGAUUCCACAGUGACACGUCGUCAACUCACAAAUGUCUCCCAAUGUUGUUGCGUGGACGACUCAGAGGGGAUG